AUGGUUGUAUUCAUUUUAUUAUUAUUGUUCAAUUUUACAUUAUCAAUUAACACUAAAAUCGAAUGGUGUAAAUAUGAAAACAAAAUUGAAUGUGUUCCAUUUGGCAAACAAUGUGAACAGAAUUUCCAAUGGAGUUUAUCAACCAAAAGUAUUCAGUUGCCUUUGAUCAAUGAUGGCUUUAUAAUUAAAUGUAAUCGAAACACACACCUUGAAGUGAUUGUAAAUUCGAAAUACCGUUCUCUUUUAAAUUUUGAAUUAAAUAAUAAUACGUACAUAUAUUCACAUAAGUUGUAUAAUUUUACAUUAUCACCACUGCAAAUGAUACCAAAUACAGACUUUUUUAACAAACAAGAGGUUCUCAAAACAUCAUGUUCAAAUUGUAAACAGUGUGUAAAUACAUCAUUUUGUGUUGAAUGUAAUGAUGGAUAUUAUUUAUCAAAUGAUUCAUGUUAUUCCUGUCAUUCAUAUUGCAAGACUUGUACUAAUAAUACAUUUGAGGGGUGUUCAAAGUGUUUAAACUGUGAUUAUUCUUGUAAAACUUGUUUUGAAGGAACAAAUGAAGAUUGCCUUAGUUGUGGAUAUCAUUAUUAUAAAUCAAAUUCAAGCACGUGUUUACAUUGUAAGUAUGGGUGUACUUCGUGUUAUGGUGGAUCAAUAACAGAAUGUGACGAUUGUGAAGAGGGAUUCAUUUUACAAGGAACAACAUGUGUUAAAUGUGCAUCUUCUUGUCAAACUUGUAUCAUAUCUCCGACUUCUUGCAUUUCGUGUCAAAGUUCUUAUUAUUUGUCUGGUAACAAAUGUCUUGAAUGUGAUUCAUCAUGCAAUUCCUGCUAUGGUCCAAAUAUAAAUAAUUGCAGGUCUUGCCUAUUAUAUUAUUAUUUAUCAAAUGGAUAUUGUCUUCCAUGCGAUUCAUCAUGUCGUUCAUGUAAUGGUCCAAAUUCAAAUAAUUGUUUGACUUGCGAAUUUUUAUAUGGAGUUUCAAAUGGAUAUUGUGUAAAGUGUGAUUCAUCGUGUUAUACAUGUAAUGGUCUAAAUGCAAACAACUGUGUUUCAUGUUACAAUAAUUAUUACUUAUCAGAAAAUAAAUGUCUUAAAUGUGACCCGUCUUGUAAAACAUGUAAUGGACCAAAUGCAAAUAAUUGUCUAACAUGUGAUUCUUAUAACGCGUACUCAAAUGGGUCUUGUUUAAAAUGUGAAUAUUCAUGUCAAACAUGUAGUUCGAGUGGGCUUGGGAAUUGUCUAACAUGUAAACCUUAUCAUUAUUACUCAAAUGGGUAUUGUAUAGAAUGUAGUUCGAAAUGUUCGGCUUGUAAUGGAACUGGUGAAAACAAUUGUUUGACGUGUCGAUCUGGUUUAUAUUUAUCUAAUGGAUAUUGUCUUCCUUGUGAUAAAAAUUGUAAAUAUUGUAGUGGAACAAUUUCAAACAAUUGUAAUGAAUGUAAAGGAGGUUUUUAUUUAUUAAAUGGAACUUGUGUUCAAUGUUCUCCAAAUUGCGGCGCUUGUACAAAAUCAAAUUGUUUAUAUUGCAACCCCGAUUAUUAUCUUUUAGACAACGUUUGUUUCCGAUGUCACCCUGAAUGUGGUAGUUGUGAUGGUCCUGAACGAACAAAUUGUACAAGCUGUGAAAAUGGAAAACGACUCGAUGUUGAACCAGGGGAAAAUUACCACACCUGUACUAUACCAUGCCCAACAAAUUGUCAACUUUGCAAUCGAUAUAAAUGUUAUGAAUGUGAAAGUGGGUAUUACAAAUCAAAUAAUGGUGAAUGUGUGCGGUUCGAAGAUGAACUAUGCUCUUAUGGAUAUAAUAAUGAAUGUUAUACGUGUUUUAAAGGAUAUUAUGUUGAUAAAAACAGUUGUUUAAAAUGUCCCAGUAUAUGCACCGAGUGCAAUGGACCCACAAUUUAUCAGUGUAAUUCAUGUAUUGAUGGAUAUUAUAUUUCAUCUUACACGUGA